CCUCUAGCACCAGUUACACCACCCACCCAACCCCACCUUGUCCCCCAUCUCCGAUCAUCUCUGCAAAUCUGAGAGCUACCGGAAAAAAUGUCACAUGGAGACACUAUACCUCUUCACUCUUCAUCCCAAUCCGACAUUGAUGAAAUUGAAAACCUCAUCUAUUCCAAUCCUUCUACUGUCCUUCCAGCACGCCCUCCUUCUCCUCCUCGUGCUGCCAUACCUGUUUCAUCUUCUCCCUUCAUGCCUUCUAAUCUUCGCCCACCACCUCCCCCUACAUCUACCACAACCACCAAUUACAAACCGACACCUGUCCUUUCCAUUCCAUCUCCUCCACCCCUACCCUCAUCGGGACAGUCGAAUAUAGCUGCUACCGGAUUCGGAUCCCCGCCCAAUACCCUUACCGAACCCGUUUGGGAUACCGUCAAAAGAGAUCUGUCCAGAAUUGUUAGUAAUUUGAAGCUGGUGGUUUUCCCUAAUCCUUAUAGAGAAGAUCCUGGCAAAGCGCUUCGUGAUUGGGAUCUAUGGGGACCUUUCUUUUUCAUUGUUUUCCUUGGUCUCACUUUGUCAUGGUCUGCUUCUGUUAAGAAGUCUGAGGUUUUUGCUGUUGCAUUUGCUCUGCUGGCUGCCGGUGCUGUCAUUCUGACACUGAAUGUUUUGUUACUGGGCGGUCAUAUAAUCUUCUUCCAAAGUCUCAGUCUGCUGGGUUACUGUCUAUUCCCACUUGAUGUUGGUGCCUUUAUUUGCAUGCUAAAGGACAACGUGAUAUUGAAGGUGGUUGUAGUUUGUGUUGCACUAGCUUGGAGCUCUUGGGCGGCAUACCCCUUCAUGAGUACAGCUGUUAACCCUAGAAGGAAAGCUCUUGCCUUGUAUCCUGUAGUACUCAUGUAUGUAUCUGUUGGAUUUCUCAUUAUUGCCAUUGAUUGAUUUUAGUUGUGCCUACUAUAUGAGUGAAAGAUGUAUGAAGCCGUUACAAAACAUUGAAGUAGGGAUAUAACUUGUUGGAGAUUUUGAUUACCUCAUGAAAAUUUGUUGAUAAUUCUGAUUCUAC